UAACCCAAAGCCGAAAACGAGUGUUCCAAGGUCAGUUCGCACUCUUUUUAACUCUUUCCGUCCUCUCGUUAACGGUACAAGUAUAUAACAGAUCCGCCGGCCAGAGCCGGAGAUCGAGAGCAUAGAAAGAUAGUCAGAUACGCCUACUAUCCACAGAGAGAGAGGGACUAAUACUAUGGUGACUAAAACAGAGGAGACACAAUUGAAUAGGCUAGAAAGUCAAGUAGAGCAUGGAGGUGGAGGAGCAUGGGAGUAUCUCUGCUUGGUCAGGAAACUCAAGGUUAGAAGAUCAGAUAAGGUCUUGAAACAUGGUUUGUUGAUCUUGAAUGAGCCGAAGAAAAGAUCUAGUCUUGGCCCUGAAGAAUGGACUCUGUACGAACAGGUGGCAAUUGCAGCCAUGGACUGCCAGUGUCUUGAUGUUGCGAAGGAUUGCAUUAAUGUGUUGCAGAAGAGAUUUCCAGAGAGCAAAAGAGCUGGCAGGCUGGAGGGGAUGUUACUUGAAGCAAAGGGAUCUUGGGCAGAGGCUGAAAAGGCUUACUCCAGUCUGCUAGAAGAUAAUCCACUGGAUCAGGUAAUACUUAAGCGGAGGGUAGCUGUGGCAAAGGCACAAGGCAACAUAUCAGGAGCUAUUGAAUUGCUCAACAAAUAUCUUGAAAUAUUUAUGGCAGAUUCUGAUGCCUGGAGAGAACUUGCUGAGAUAUAUGUAUCUCUACAGAUGUACAAGCAAGCAGCAUUCUGCUAUGAGGAGUUGAUACUAUCUCAGCCUACUGUUCCUGUAUAUCAUUUAGCCUAUGCUGAUGUGCUUUACACUCUUGGUGGAUUAGAAAACCUACAGGCAGCUAAGAAAUAUUAUGCAUCUACAAUAGAGUUGACUGGGGGCAAGAACACCAGAGCACUUUUGGGAAUUUGUUUGUGUACUUCCGCCAUUGCACAGCUUACGAAGGGGCGAAACAAGGAAGACAAAGAUAGCCCAGAGCUACAGUCUCUUGCAACAGCAACUUUGGAGAAAGACUACAAGCAAAGGGCUUCUAGCAAGCUUUCUGUGCUCACUUCAGCACUAAAAAGCUUGAAAGUUUCAUCAUAACUUCUUUAUCAUUGAGUGAUGCUUUCUAUGGUUGAUAAGCUAGAAUGCUACAAAUGUUUCAAGUUCUUGUUUUUCUUUUCAUUGAAGUCCUUAACAUUAGGACAUGAUGUAUUAUUUUAGAAUCCUCCAUUGAGCAAACUACUAAUAUCGUGAGAUGAAUUUUUUUUUUCUUUGCUAUCGAAAUAAUAGUGUAACAGAUUUUCCUUUUUUUAUUA